UCCGAGUGUAUGUUGUCAUCACUAGGCGGUGCGUUCCACAUAUUGUGUUUUGUUUGGAUUUUUAAAGAAACAUGUCAGAUGUUGUGGCUGAGGAAAAGCCGAAAGGCUCCAAUCCUGAUAAACCGAAGACAAGUCGGCGCCGGGAUAAGAAAGACAAGGCCAAUCAAAUAAUAAAGAUUGUUGUGAGGCAUUUACCGCCAACUAUGACGGAAACUGAGUUUCUGGAGCAGGUUGGUCCUCUGCCGGAUAAUGAGUACUACUACUUCUGCCCGGCGGACUGGUCUCUAGGCCAGGAGGCCACCUGUCGCGCCUACAUAGAUAUGAGCCUCAAAGAUAUCAGCGAUGUGCUGCAGUUCCGGGACCGAUUCGACGGAUACGUUUUUUUGGACAACAAGGGCUCCGAGUACAUGGCAAUCGUGGAAUACGCCCCCUUUCAGAGCUUCCUGAAGAACAAAGCGCGCAACGAUGAUGCGAAGGUUAAUACCAUCGAGAGCGAGCCCCACUACCAGGAGUUCAUCCAACGUCUGGCCGAUGAAAGGGAAGAAGCAAGUCGUCUUGGCGACGUCAAGAUCGAUUUCAAUUUUGAACGGCGCUUGGAUGAGAAUUGCAAAUCUACACCCCUGCUCCAGUAUCUUGCCAAUAAAAAGGAAAAGCGACGUGAAGAGGCGCGCAAGCGGAACGAGGAAAAAAGGAAGCAGCGCGAGGAGCAGAAGCAGCUCCGCCAAGGGGAGCAAGGCGAGGCCAGCAAAUCCAAGGAAGUCAAGGAAACCGGGGCUGGUGGUGACAACAAGAAGUCCGUUAAGAAAGAGACCAAGGAUCCUCAGACCCCAGCUCAAGGGGCAGAGACCGGCAAAGCUUCUCGCUCCAAGCGACGUACUGAGCGUGAUCAAAGGCGCCGGGAAGAGCACGAGUUGCGGAAGCAGGCUCGUGAGCGUGACUUCAAGGACAAGAAAGAUAAAAAGCCGGAUCGCCAGGAUAAACCUGAGAAGGAGAAAGGGCCAAACGGCAAGCAAGGAAAAAAGCAGCCCAAGGAUCUCUCUAAGACUGACAAAGAUAUUGUUAUACUUAAAAAGGAAGCUAAACCGGACACUACAGAUUUGCCAUCGACCUCAAAGGAAAGUACUGUCGAACAAUCAACCGAAAAUAGUGAAGUCGCUGAUUCUGUCAAGAAAUUUAUUCAAGCUGCCGGCAGCAUUGCGGACAAGGAGGAAACUCCUGUGGCUCAAGAGCCUACGGGUAACUCUAAAAAAGUUAAAGAAGAUCCUGCCAAAAGUAAUAACUUCCGGUCUUCAGAGGAGCGCCGUAUCCGCAAUAAGGAUCGUCCAGCGCGAGCUAUUUACCAGCCAAAAGCGCGCCUACAAACCGGAUCAGAUGAAUCGCGGCAAAAUGCUACUAAGGAUGCUUCCGAAGGUGAGGGAGAUGGGCCAGACGAGAGAACUUACAAAAAGAACAGGCGUGCCGGGCGGCGGCACAAACAAAAACCCCAGGAAAAUAAGGAAAGCCAGGCCGAUGACGGCCGGCGUUUGUCCAAAUCCUCUGAAAGCAGUCACAGUGCACAUUCGGCCAGCCUCGCCAAAUAGGCGAAUAAAUGUACUUUUAUUAUUAAAUAAAUGUUACAAUCUGAAUAUUGCGAGUCCAGUCAAUAGAACUCAUCCUCCAAA